AUGAGUGCAGCCUUGCAGAUGAUGGCUUUCAGUCUUGCUCUCCUCUCAGCCCUCUUCCUGCUCCUUGCCACAUGCACCGACUGCUGGAUGGUGAAUGCUGAUGACAGCUUGGAGGUAAGUCACAAAUGCCGGGGGCUUUGGAAGGAGUGUGUCACCAACAUGCAAGAUGGGGUAAGGACCUGUGACCAGUAUGACUCCAUACUGGCUGACCACCCAGUGAAGAUUGUGGUGACACGGACCCUGCUGAUCACAGCUGACCUCCUGGCUGGCCUGGCUUUGGUCACAUUGCUUCUUGGGCUCGACUGCAUCAAGUUCCUCAAGGAAGAUCCUUGUGUCAAACUGAAGAUGUGCUACGGGGCUGGUGUCAUCCUUGGCUUUGGCAGCAUCCUAGGUCUUGUGGGCUCUGUGUGGUAUGCAGUGGAUGUCUAUGUGGAGCGGGCCAUGCUGGUGUCACACAACAUAUUCCUGGGGGUCCACUAUGACUUUGGCUGGUCAUGCUGGCUGGGGAUGGCUGGCUCGACAGGCUGCCUUGUGGCUUCCAUCCUGCUAACUUGCUGCCUCCAUUCCUGCACAGAUCCCAGCAGCCAAUGGCAACCCCAGAGGCUUGUCCAGCCCCAGAGCCAAACAGCCACGAGUCAGAUGUACGCCAUGGACUCCCGUGUGUGA